AUGGAGAAGCUUCACCUCCCUGCGCCGAGGAUUCCCCUCUCGAAUGCAUCCACCGCAGCCUUCGUCAUCCUCUCGAUGCUGCUCACAGCUUUCGUCUUCCUCGCCGUCUACCCCAACGAGUUCCAGCUCCAGUCCCUCGUCGCGGGCGGAUGCGAGCCCCGGCGCCUGCGCUCCACCAACUUCCUCGAUCCCGUGGCCUUGCCGGCCCCGGAUCCCCAGCUGCGGAUCCUCAUCGGCGUCCUCACCGUCCCGGACUCCUACCAGCGCCGCCACCUCCUCCGCGAUGCCUACUUCCUCCAGCCCAACCUCACCGUCAAUGCCCGCAUCGACAUCCUCUUCGUCCUCUGCGGCCUUACCACAGAGGAGCAGCGAGUCCUGGUGGCCAUCGAGAUCCUGCGCCACGGCGACAUCAUGAUCCUCGACUGCGAGGAGAACAUGAACGAGGGCAAGACCUACACGUACUUCUCCAACCUCCCGGGGGUCUUCAACGGCAGCACCGGCGGCGAGCCGGCUUACGACUACGUGCUGAAGGCGGACGACGACACCUACAUACGGCUGGAUGCGUUGGCGAAGACGUUGGACGGGAUGCCGAGGGAGGAUCUGUACAUGGGGUUGUUCAUCCCGUGCAAGAACAUCACGGAUCGGAUGGGAUGGAUGACGGGGAUGGCGUACGCGCUGUCGUGGGACUUGGUGGAGUGGAUCGCAAGGUCGGAGAUCCCGCGGAACCACAAGACCCUUCCGCCGCACGGCGAGGACGUGGUACUGGCGAGCUGGCUGAGGGAUGCAUCCCUGGGGAAGAACAGGUUCGACAUGAACCCCAGGAUGUACGAUUACUACGAAGAGCCGACGCCAUGUUGGAGUCACGACUUCAUCCCGGACACCAUUGCGGUGCACAAGCUGAAGAACGACACCAAGUGGGCGAAGACUUUGGAUUACUUCAACCUCACCGUGGGGUUGAGACCUUCCAACCUCUACAAUAUUUAUCAAUUGAAGCAAUAA